GAAUUUCCGGAGCUUAAGUCGAUCGCUACUGACGAUUUCAUGAGAACCCGCCCAAAGCCAAUCGUGUCUGGAAGUUGGUUUCGUGACAGCUCGGUCCUUCUUUACCGAGACGCAAGAAUGGCGGACGCAAAGAAAAAGGUCGAGAAAAAGGCUGAGCCGUCGAAGAAGCUCCCGGCGGUGCCCGAGGCUGUCCUCAAGAGGAGGAAACGACGUGAGGCAGCCAAAACUGCCCGUCUUCAAGUCUCAAUCAAGGCACGUGCCGCACACUACAAGAAGAGGAAGGAAAUCUUCAAGCGUGCUGAGUCGUACGUGAAAGAGUACAGGCAGAAAGAGAGGGAUGAGAUCAGAUUGAAGAGACAGGCCAAGAACCGUGGUAACUACUACAUUCCUGGAGAGGCUCGUCUUGCCUUUGUCAUCCGUAUUCGAGGUGUGAAUCAAGUGGCUCCCAAGGUUCGCAAGGUCCUCCAGUUGUUCAGAUUGAAACAGAUCAACAAUGGUGUCUUCGUCAAAUUGAACAAGGCUACAAUUAACAUGCUUCGUAUCGUCGAGCCAUACAUUACCUGGGGUUACCCCAACCUCAAGUCAGUCCGCGAAUUAAUCUACAAACGCGGUUUCGCCAAGAUCAAUCGCCAGCGUAUCCCAAUCACCAGCAAUUCUAUCAUCGAACAGAAACUUGGUGGCUCUGGACUGAUCUGUACCGAGGAUUUGAUUCAUGAAAUCUUCACAGUUGGAUCGAAAUUCAAGUACGCCAGCAAUUUCCUCUGGCCAUUCAAGCUAAACACUCCAACUGGUGGAUGGCGCAAGAAGACCAAUCACUACGUCGAGGGUGGUGAUUUCGGAAACCGUGAGGACAAGAUCAACGAGCUCCUCAGGCGAAUGGUUUAGAUUCUUAAAUAACUGUACUCUUCUGACAAAAAAAUAAAAAAAAGUACGUUUUCAUACGGA